GGGGGCGGGGCUUCCACGGUGGGUGUUUUUGCUGCCCCCCCACCGUGCUUGGCCCCAAAUUAAUGCACAGAGGUAGAGAGCAAUGGUUGCAAGAAAGGGAAUCACAAUGAAACGGGGGGAGGCUGAGAAUGGCUGGCUGAGCUGACCCACCUGGCAGGGUUGUUGUGAGGGCAAAGCGUGAAGGGUUCCUGCAGGCAGAAGGAUUUGAGGCCACCACAUGGCACCUGGAGCACCCAUUAAGAGUAAUCACGAUCCAAAGGGGCUGGUAGCACGUGGCGGUGAGUUCCGUAGGAGUGCCCUGGCAAAGCAAAGCUGCAUGAAAUUGCUAGUUCAGUCCUACCCCUCCUGGCACCCACCGGCUGCCACUCUCCAGGGUCUCUGGCAGGAGGGGAGAUCUUUAUCAUGAUCAACUCAGUGGGGCAUCUCCAACUGAUGGGGAAAGCUGCACGUGGCUGCCCAGACCAAGCGCAGCAGCGCCCAGCUAACAGCGAGAGAACCGUGCCUGCCUCAGCCCCUGCUGGUGGGGGUAUCUGAGCUUUUCCUCACCGGUUGGCCCUACACCAAGGAGGAAGAGCCCCUCUGUCAGCAUCUGGAUACUGCGGAGCAGGAUGGACUUCCUGAGCCUCUUCCUGCUGUAUGUCUUUCUGGUUCUGCUGACCAUUCUCUUGGUCUGCCUCUAUUCUGGGAAGGAGCAAAGUUUGCCUUCGAGGACUAUCAACUGGCUUGCUCAGGUGCUUUCUUGUGUAAUCCCAGGCCAAGUUCACCAAGCUGCUCAGAGGGUGCUCCACCGCCUCUUCCACACACGACACAGCCUGUUUGUGAUCCUGCACUUGGCUUUGGAAGUGCUGGUCUAUGGCGAAUACACUUGGGAGGUGUUUGGCUACUGUCAGGAGCUGGAGUUCGGCCUUCCCCUCCUCCUCCUGCCUUACCUGCUGCUGGCUGUGAACAUGGCCUUCUUCGUCCUCUGUUCCAGGAGUGACCCUGGUGCCAUAACCAGCUCCAACCAGGCCCUCUUCCUCCAUGCUUACACGUAUGAUGGAGUGAUGUUUGACAGAGGCGCCGAGUGUGCCACCUGCAGCACCAGGAAGCCGGCCAGAUCCAAGCACUGUGGAGUGUGCUGUGCCUGCGUGCAUCGCUUCGACCACCACUGCAUUUGGGUCAACAACUGCAUCGGGGCUUUCAACACGAGAUUCUUCCUUGCCUACUUGCUCUCCUUGAGUGCCAUGGCCGCAGCCAUUGCGGCCGUAACCACUGCCUUCCUCAUCCGGGUGGUCUCUCUGUCAAACCUGAUGCUGGGAUAUUAUACGGACGACCAAGGCCAGGAGCAGCCGGUCGACGUUGCCUUUGUUAUCCAGCACCUGUUCUUGGCCUUCCCCAGGACAGUGUUCAUGCUGGGCUUCGUCAUCGUCCUCGCGGUCAUUCUGAGCUUUUACUUCUGCUUUGAUCUGUACCUGGCCCUGAACAACCAGACGAGCUAUGAGUGGCACAAGGCAAGAAGAUUCAAGAGUGGAGCAUACAGAAAUAUUUACUCUAGAGGAGUCUGGGGCAACAUCAUGGAAAUCGUGAAACCUCGAACAAGCCCUGAACAGAAGAGAAGGUGACCGGCCAGAGGUGCCCGCAGAGUGGACUCCGGCCCCUGCAAAGUGCUGUUGGCCAACCAGAAAGAAAACAGCUAAAAUUCUUUUGAAUCGUCCUUCCAGGCCCCUCUGAGGGACCUACGGCCUAAAAGAGAUUCCGAUGUGGCAGCAGCAGUGCUGACCCGUAAGUUUUCCACACAUGAUCCCUAAAGGGAUGGCACUGGAUCCGUCAGAGGCCUGGGCUCAGAUCACACAAGGACCAAUCCUGUUCAGCUCCACAGACUAUCAACAAUCCACAAUUUCCACAAACAAUGGCUUGCCAUCCAAAGACUGAGCAACGGUCUACUUGUAAGUGACAUGAGCCUUUGAACUGCAAGCCACUUUUUGUGCAAAUUGUGGAUUGUUGAGAUUCUGGUUACACAACCCCCCUUUCUCCUCUGUGUACAACACAGCUCCACUGACUAGCUUAUUUGGUAGGGAAUUUGUGGCGGUCCUUAACCAGUUCUGCAUGGCAGGAGGGUUCACUGAGAUGUGCAGUGCUUAAGCUGCAGUUGCCAAGAAGGAUCUGGACCCCAUCCUGUGCAGGAACCCCCUAACCCCAGCCCCCCUUGAGUGCUGAAGCGCUGCUCUGGGUUCCUAUCCCAAGAACAAGAAACAUGUCAGCUGGAGCCUACUCUUGCCAGGUGGCAACCAGACACUUUCUUUUUUGAAAACGUUUUGAAACCGUUCACUCGUUUGGUGCUGACCCUGCCUCCCAUGUGAGAAGUGCCUAUUUUAGAAAUAAAUUUAUUUACAAGCUAACUGUACAAUGUACAAUUAAAAGCUAUGUGGUUACAAAAGAAA